AUCUCGAGCUCAGCGGAAACCUGAUAUCUACGAGACUUGCGGCUCUUCGGCAUUUUAGCCCAGCAGACCAGCGCGCGGAGGAGCGGAAUGGACGAGUUCCCUUACCCCCUCACCGUGGAGGGACCCUGGCCCGCUACCUCCACCAAAAUUCUCACUUCCAAACUCCAGAUUUACUUUCAGAGCAGAAAGAAGUCUCAGGGUGGAGACUGCGAGGUGAAGAUCUGCGAGCAGAGCGGAAUCGCUACGGUUCGUUUCAAAUCAGAAGAAACUCGUGAUCAGGUUCUGGCUAAAGGAAACCAUUCCAUAAAUAUUGAAAAACAGGUGGUGAAACUGAAGGUGUUCAAACCUAGUGAGGCAGAAAAUCAGACACAAGCGGCCAGUGGAGCAGUUGCAGCAGAAAAUGAUGUGGGGACUAGCUUUCAGCCACCAGUUGGUGCUGAGGAGAGUCCCAAAGGUGACCCAAAGGAUGAAUCUUCUAAGGAAUGUUUAGCAUAUCCUCCACAGUCCAGUGCUGUGGUCCUGGAAAAACUGCCAAUCCACUUUUCCAGAGAUACACUUGUGCUUUUAGUGGAGAACAUCAGUGAUCUCUUAGAAGACGAGUUUGACCUAGAGAUAAUCGUGGAAUCAAACUGUGCUGUUGUGACCUUUAAUAACCCCAGUGUUUCUGAGAAAUUUCUCAUGGAGAGCAGAAACAAUAAAAAAUUCCAGCAGUAUGGUAUUGUAGGUCGUGCUUUGGAAAAUAGCAGAAGAAUUAAAGUGGAAAGUUUGCCUAACCAGGCCUCUAAUAAAGAUCUACUAGAACUUUACUUUGAAAAGUGGGGUGGAGCAGUGGAGACCAUCACCAUGAUUCCAGAGGAGCAAAGUGCCAUUGUCACUUUCCAUAGCCAUGACGGUGUACAGAAAGUUCUGGGGAAAGAACACAAUGUUGGCCAGACUUCAGUCAACGUGUACCCAUAUUUCAUGUCUUUGGGUACAGCCUUGUAUGGCAAAGACAGACCAACAUGGAGUCUUCCCAAACCGUUCACAGAGAAGAUCCAUCCUGCUCUAAAUCAGUUCCUUCAUCAGAAAGGAUUAAUAUCUUCCAUCUGUGAUCAGAUGAGCUCUUAUUUCUGUGAGCUAAACAUGGACAAAGCUGAAGUCCAGAUCAGCCCUCUUCCUACUCUUCUAAAGCAGAAAGGUUUAACCAAGACACACAUAGAUGGCUGGAUGAAAAAUGCUCUAGAUGGAUUUCAAACUAUUCUUUCUAAUUAUGCUGUUUUUGAGCAUGCGGUUAUGCCUUCUAUGUGGGCAACAGUUGAGAAAGACAUCAGAUCUGUAGUGAAAGACAAAGCUUUCCUGAAUGUAAAUGAUGAACAUCUGACACUUGCAGGAAUGGCUCAAGACAUUAACUUGCUGAAGCCCAUUUUGGAGGAUUUUUUGAAGAAAGCACUGAAUCAGAUGGAACGGGACAAGAACACUGUUUCAGAAACUAUGGACAUACCUGCUGCCAUGUUCUCAUUGCUACUGCAGGAAGGUCUUCAACACACUGCUUUGGCCAAAUACCCAGAGCUGAAACACACACACAAAAAAGACACCAAUCAGUUAACAUUGCAGGGUCUUUCUGUUGAAAUUUUUGGUGUAAAAAAUUGGAUCCUUGAGAAGAGAUUGAGGAUGAAAGAUAAACCUCUGAAAAUGGACGCUUCAUUGCUUGAGUUCCUGAAAUCAGCUGACAGUGAUGAGCUGUCUGGACACUUAUUCACAUCCAAAGGAAUUAGCUCCGUCUACAAAGUUGAAAAUGGAGAUGUUGUAUUGACUGGAAGCACAGACUCAGCACUGGCUGAAGCAGAGAAGAGAAUUCACAUGAUGCUCCAAUGCAGAACACUGUCUUUGGAGGACAAAGGUGUGCUUGAAAAGCCAGAAUGGCGUUCUCUCAGGAACAAUUUGAUUGACUCAUACAACUCAUCCAAGACGAAAACUGUGAUAAUAAUACCUUCAGGAAACAAAGACACACUGGUAGUUACUGGCUUUAAGGAUCCAGUUUCAGAAGUCAGCAGUAACUUGGAGAUGUUCAUUAAUAAACACUCAAGAAUCGAAAAAGUCAUUCGUGUCAAGUCUUGCGCUGUGCUGAAAUUCAUUAAUGAGAAAAACUCUGAGGCUUGGGCAAAAUUUGUGAAGCCCAAUGAGGUGAAAGUACAUUUUGACCCAAGAAGACCAUUGAUCAGACUGUCUGGAGAGCGUGUACAUGUCCAACCAGUCAUGGAGAACUUCCAGAAGAUGGCCCAAUCUCUCCACACCGAUACACUGACAAUAAACAAGGCAGGUGCUAAGAAGUACUUUCAAGAGCAAGAAAACUUGUUCCUGAUAAUGAUAAAGGAACAUAGAUUUGUGAUCGUUCUUGCGGAAGGUGACAUGCUGGAAGAGGAUGAAGAAGAUGAAGACCAUUAUGACAGUGGCAGACUGGAAGAUUUUGGACAGCUGUCCUGUAAGGUCCAAUUGCCUGAUGGGGUUACCAUCACAGUCAGAAAAGCUGAUAUCUGUAAGUUCAAAGUAGAUGCUGUGGUCAACGCUGCCAACGAAGACCUGAAGCACAUUGGCGGUUUGGCUUUUGCACUCCUGAAAGCUGCUGGACCAAGUUUACAAGAUGACAGUGAUCGAUAUGUAGCUGUAAAUGGGAAGGUGCAACCUGGUAACGCCAUCACUACUGGAGCUGGUCGUCUUCCGUGCAAAUAUGUGGUGCAUGCUGUUGGUCCCCGCUACUCAGAUACUGACAGUUUUACAGCAGUGAGACGACUGAGGCAGGCUGUGAGGGAAAGUUUGAAACAAGCCAUUGAAAAGCAGUGCACCACCAUUGCAGUCCCAGCCAUCAGCUCAGGAAUAUUUGGCUUUCCUCUGGAACUCUGCUCUCAGACAAUUGCCAAGGAGCUGUAUGCAUACGUUGAAGCCCAGAGCCAUCAAGGUGGCAGGAGAAUAACUGAGAUUCAUCUGGUGGACAAUAAUGCCAACACUGUAAAUGCCAUGGCUCAGGCUAUUAGGAAGGAAUUUGCAGAUUUCAACCCCGAGAUGAUGUUUCUACAGCAAACGCGAUCUGGUGGGGCCAGUAACCGCGGGUACAGUAAUCAUGACAGGCCUUAUCGUGGACGCGGUAAUCGAGGCAAGAGUUAUCGCGGUCGAGGUGCCUAUGGACAUCAAGGUGCUGGGCCAAGAAGUAAGGAACCAGAUGAUUACAAAGCAAAUGAACCCAUGGAGACUGAUGCUCGAGAGGGGUUGAAGAGACCAAACUCAAACCAGUUGUCCAGCACACUGUCUGAUGACUUCAGCAGGUCAGGGCUUCUUGAAAAGCAAUCCACACAAGAAGGACUGAGAAUCAAUCUGAGAAAAGGGAAUAUCCAGGAUGCAACUUCUGAUGUUAUUGUCAAUACUAUCUCAGAGGAUGGGGAUCUCAGCUCAGGCGCUGUUUCCAAAGCACUCCUAGGUGCUGCUGGUCCUCAACUUCAGUCAGAGGCUAGUUCUCAUCUCGAUUCGUUUGGAUCUUCUAAGCUUAAUUAUGGUGACAUAGUGGUCACUGCUGGAUACAACCUGAACUGUCAAAGGGUUUUCCAUACUGUUUGUCCUUUUUGGAACAGAGGAGCUGAUGCAGAAGCUGAGCACUUACUGAAACAGAUAAUCAGAGAUUGCCUUAAAAGAGCAGAACACCAGAAAAUGUCAUCACUUUCCUUUCCGGCUCUUGGUACGGGGAACCUUCGCUUUCCCAAAGACUUGGUGUCCAGCAUUCUGCUAAGAGAGAUUCACGACUUUAGUGCCAGAUUCACUCCUCAGCACCUUCAAGAAGUGACUGUGGUUGUGCACCCUUCAGAUAAUGAGACUGUACAGUGUUUCAUAAAGAGCUUCAGAGGUGGGAAGCCAGGUCCCAUCACUAAACGUGCACAAGCCGGCCAACAACCAUCACAUACAAAAUCACCUGCGAAGUCCUCCCAGUCUCCAGGUCUCUUUGGCGUGGUUUCCACUCCUACUCUUGGAGUGCACAGAGUGCAGGUGGGGCAUCUGACUCUUGAGGUAUCGUCAGGUGACAUCACCAAAGAGAGAAUUGAUGCCAUCGUAAACUCCUCCAACUCAUCGUUCACUUUAAAAGCAGGAGUCUCCAAGGCCAUUUUAGAUGCUGCUGGAUCAACAGUGGAACUGGAAUGUGCACAGAUUGUCCAGCGAAGUCUACUUCAACAAAAUGAAUUGAUAGUGACCUCUGGAGGACGUCUCCCAUGCAAACACAUCAUCCAUGUCAUAGGCCGGAACAAUGCUGCAGCCAUCAAGGAUGUUGUUUACUCCGUCUUGAAGUUGUGUGAGACACAAAAGUUCUCAUCUGUUGCCUUUCCAGCCCUUGGCACAGGCCAAGGUGGGAUAAGUGCUUCUGCUGUUGCCGACGCCAUGAUUGAUGCCGUGGUUGACUUUGUGAAGAAGAAAAAAGGACAGCAUUUACAGAGUGUGAAGUUCCUGAUAUUCCAGACGUCCAUGGUGCCAGAUUUCCAUCAGACCAUGCUUAGAAGGCAGCAGGAGGGUGUUGAGGAGGAAACCGGUGUGCUCAACUGGAUAAAAGGAAAAUUUGAGGCUGUGACCAGCAUAUUUUAUGGCAGCAAUUCAGAGUCCUCUGCAAACGAGGAAUUUGUGAUGGUGGAGGAGGAGUUUGAGCCGGCUGUGUUCCAGCUGUGUGGAGAGAGCCAGCAGGACCUGAAUGAAGCCAAAGAACUGAUCAACAGCUUCAUUGUGAAGGAGCAUAACAGUUCAACUGUCCGGGACUCUGCAAUCAACCAUUUCACCAGGGAGGAUGCUGAGAUUCUGUCCAAUCUUCAAAGAGAACUCGCGGUCAGCAUCCAGCUGAACAAGAGCGGGCAAGAGCCGGUCAUCACUGUGGAGGGCCUGACCCGGGACGUGAUGAAGGUGGAGAGCAUCAUCCGGGACAUGAUCCGAAAAGUGGAGAAGAACGAGUCUCGUAAGCGCGAGGCCUUCAUGGUCGGCAGCAUGGUAGAGUGGCAGUAUCUGGACAGCAGGAAAAAGCUCAUACCUUUUGAUUAUCUCACUAACUAUGACUUGGAGGAAGCCUUCGGACAAAAACAACCUCGCAUAAAGAUUAAGAUCAACAAUGAGCCAUAUGAGGUCAACAUAGCCCAAAGAACUGCUGUUGGAAAACACCAAACGAUUGAAUUGAAGAGGGUUGAUCGGAGAGACAAAACCUCUGUGCCUCUGCCCAGUCACUGGGAGGACAUGAAGGGGAGCUUUGUCAAACGGGUUCAAAUUCAACCUGGCACCCAGGAAUACACAGAUGUGGAAAAUGAGUUCAGGAGAACUGGACUGAACAAUACAAUUCUUGAAAUUGAGAGAGUCCAGAACAGCACAUUGUGGAGGAGCUACAUGAUCCAGAAAAAUCACUUGGACGAAAAGAACAAGCACAAGAACAAUGAGAAGAAGCUUUUCCAUGGCACUGGAUCUGAUAAUAUUGAUACGAUCGACAAACAAGGCUUCAAUCGGAGCUAUGCUGGGAUGCACGGUGCCAUGUACGGGAAUGGUGCAUAUUUUGCUGUUGACCCAAAUUACUCCCAGGGCUAUGCAAAGCAAGACCGACUUGGUCAUAAGCGCAUGUAUCUGGCCAGAGUUCUGGUUGGUGACUACACCACAGGGAAGGCGGGUCUUCUUUCACCUCCAGCCAAGAGCUCCAGUGCCGCAGAUUUAUAUGACAGUGUGACGGAUAAUCAUCGAAGCCCAUCCAUGUUUGUGAUCUUUCACGAUGUGCAAGCAUACCCAGAAUACCUAAUCACAUUUCAGUAGGUGUGGGUAUUGUUUUGUUUUGAUUUUUUUUUUUUGUGUGUACAUAAAUUCUAAUAUAACCUGUGGGUGAAAUCUAAUAGUAUAUUUUGGAGAAUAUUCAUCUAGACUUUAUGAAUAGAAAGCUACUGUUUUUCAUUUAAAGAUUCUGUGGUUUCAGUAACGAUGGACACGUGCAAUAAUUAGCACUGAUGUCAUAUGUGACUAUGCAGUCAUUCAUAUCAUCUUUUAAUAAAGGUGACACAAACUAUUAGUAAAUUGUAUUUAGUUUUUUUUCUGCACUGCAAUGCCUUAAUCACUGAAUAGUGGUAUAAUUGUCUCUUCCUUUCUGUAAUUGUGCUAUGCAAUACUCCACAUCUCCACAAGAGAGCAGGGAACACAAAUGCAAAAUCAUGAACUGAAACACUAAGUUUAAUCGACCAAUUCUGACUUUUCCUUUCCUAAGAAUUCUCUGGUUAUUCUAUUCAAUAAGAGUUUCUCAGAUUUUUCAGAAAUUGGUUAAAUGUAAACAAAAGCCAUUCAGAGAAUAAGAGUUUGUUUGGUGCAGAGUUCUUAUUUUUAGGGAGUCUGAACUAGAGAUAUACAUUUCACAGUGAUUUUAAAUUAAAGCACACAUUUGAAGAACUCAAUUUCUCUAAAUACUCCAUUACAAAAAAACAUUACACCAAAUUGUCAUUAAUACACUAGGAUGUGUCUCUGCUGUCUUUGUUGCAGUUUGGAAUGCAUCAGGGCACUUCAGUGUUUACAUAAAUGUGUUUGGUGGCCGCUUGUAUCAUGACCACCAGAAAUUAGUUUCUGAGUGUCUGAGACCCACCAGGGGCCUUUAGAGUUAAAAAAAAUGUUAUUGGUAUCAUUCAACUGUAAUGAUUGCUUCCAUGUUGUCUGAGAAAGAGAUUGCACAAUAAAAUGCUGAAAUAAACA